AUGGCAACCCGACCACCUUCAACGGCUUCCUCUUACACGACAGGACUGCUCAAUCCACAAAUGCAUGGAUACAACAAUCAUAACACAACAACUCCAAGUCCGCAGUCUUUAUCACAGGGAUAUGUGACUGACACUUCCUACUACACAACGUCGGCGUCUCCUCUUUCUAGUACCCCUUCCAACUCAUCUUAUCAUAGCUCUUCAGUUCCAUCUCCUACAGGUACCAUUGCUGGAAACAGCACUAUGAGUAGCUCCAGCUCGAUUCAAAAUAUCAUGGACUUUUAUAUUCAAAAUGUUAACUUUUCACUUCACACCAAGGCAUCUCCUGAAUGUGAAAUCCAACUUUAUCGAUUGACCAAUCCUAUGGAUGCACAAAUAACAAUACUCAACACUCAUCCACAGACACAUCCACCUGUCUACUUAUCCACUGUUGUGUAUGCAUUGCAAAUUACUUUGGAAAAGUAUAUUUCACAAACAUGUCAAUGGGUACAAUGUUCUUCGAAUGACCCAAAUUCUAACACUCCAUCCGCUUCAAACAAUCUCUUCAAGGAUUACGACGCUUUCGUAAUUUACAAUCAAACAAACCAACAAUCAAUAUCUCAAUUAAUUCAAACUGAUGGAAAAUCGUUAUACAUACAACUUCCUUUACAAUUAGGAUUUUACGGAAAUCAAUUCACUACAAUGACGUUUCGUACCAAGCUCAACACAAGCAAGGAGAAACAGGGAUACAAAAGAGGUGAAAGUGCCAUUUUCCGAGUUGUUUUUUCACUGUUAAAACAACAACAACAAACUCAUACUUUUUUUCAAAACAAGUAUGAAAGUAUUCCAUUUGGCAUUAUUAAUCAUGGAAAAAAUAGCACUGCAACAGCUCUUUACAAGAAUAUUAAGCUCAGCUCGAUACCUGGUACCGUUGAAUAUAACAUGGCCCUCAUGCAACAGCAACAACAAUAUAUUCAGACACCCAACCAACAUUCACAAAGCCCCUAUUCCACUCCAAGUUAUUCUUCUUCAUCCUCAAACGGAAGCUCUUAUCAAAAUGUGACAUCCUAUAGCAAUAAUUAUGACAAUACAAUGGAUUUUGGUCAAGAAUACGACAACCAACAGGUACAAGAAUUAUUAGAAAUUUUAAUGCAAGAAGAACAAGCUCUUGCAAAUCAAACCUCAAAUGAAGAUUAUUCAGAUCCAAACAUGUUCAUGACUGAUGACGAUGAUUUAUUCCGAGAAAUCUCUGGGAUCAACUCUUACUUUACUCCAUCGUCAAGUGGUGGGGAAGGAGAAACAAGUCAAGAAUUAUUUGACGAAGAAUCUGAAUCUGAAAGUGCCUCGUACGAGGAUGAAGAAGAAAUCCAAUGGGAGGAUCAUCAUCAACUUGCAUAUGAAAAUACGUUCGAAUUGACCAAGCCUUCACCUUCUUCAGACCUCAAAGAUGAGAGUUAUUCAAGCCAAGCAAUGGCUGUUCCAACUCAACCAUACUGUGCUUCUAUAACCAACAGCAACGUACUUUUGAAGAGCUCUGGGUUGGCCAAACCGCUGCCUCCUCUUCCUUCUUAUUUGAAAGCCUCGCCAAGCAGCUCUCAGACCACUUCUUCUGCUGUUUCAUUGUCUCAAUCCAGUGUAGCUCUUCCUCCAUCGUACCAAUCUUCGUCAAGCACUACUCUUCCUCCUCCUCCAAUCAAUGCUGCUAGCAAUUCUAUUCACAACACUGUCACAUCAACAACUACCUCCAAUCGCCGCUCUUUCAAUUCUCAACAACAAGUGUUUGCUAGCUCUGUUACUCGUAUGAAUGAAAGCGUUUCUGUGCCAACAAGGUCGACCUCUGAAAGAAAUAGAAAUGACCAAGACACCUGGAGCUCUCCAGUUGAAAAUCGUGAAUCCAGAACCCCUUCCGUCUUGGAUUCGAACGACACUCUAGUUGGAAGUGGCCAACCAAGAAUGACAUUUGGUGCAAAUUAUGUGAAAAAUGCUCAGGCAGCAGACCAACUUCAAGAGAAAGAAAAGAAGAGAGGUCUUUCCGGUAUGUUCAAAAGAAAGAAAAAGAAGGACGAAAGCGAGCCACCCUCCGAGAAAAAAGAGUCAAAGAAUCCACUUGCAAAGCCAUCUCAUGCGUCCUUUUUCUCCAAUUUCAAACCCACAGUAACCCUUAAGAUCAAUAAUAACAAUACAGCUGAUGUGAACAACAGACAAGUUACUAAGGCUGCCCAAGUACAGCAAAAACUUGGUGACGACAGCAGCACUAGUGAGGAAAGCCUAAUUAACGCCAUGACCAAACUCAGUAUUGACAAAUUCAUCACGACUACUAAGGUUGAUAUCUCUAAAUUUGAUCCGAAAAUGAUUAUUUUCAGUUUGGAAAAGAAAGAUGUUACACAAAAGAAGGACAUUGUAAAUGUUGGAAAAGGGAAAAAGCCUAUCCCUGUAUUUAAGCCUGGUGAAACAAUUCAAUUCAAUGUGCAAAACAAUAACGAGAAAGAGUUGGUAGCACGCUCAAGCAUUGUAGUUGGUACAACGUUACCUAGAAGGCCGAUCGUUUUCUUCUCUGAAAAGUCUCUUGGCUUCACAAGAAUGAAGGAAAACAACUCACUUUCCAGUCAAGCCCUGCAAAUACCUCCACUCCCUCCAAAUAAGAAGAGCAUGUUGGUUGCCUUUAUUUUGUUUGUAAAAAUUUCUGAUGGGCAAGGAAAGGAAAGGAUCUUUACCAACAAGAAAAAGGUGUUAAUCUCUGCUCAGUAA